AUGGUAACCAUUGACUUACUGCUUAUACCUCCAGGAUCGUACUACAGAAAUCUUUCGUACGAUCCUGGAGGCCAGAAACCUCCCAUGAUGGACUUCUUCAUGGAAGAAUCGGAAGAGUCCAAGCGGUUGCGGAAAGUCACAUUCAUUGCGGCAAAAACUCGCGAUUUAUGGGUAGAAGUGUUCGCAGCCCAGGACUCUAUGAAUAUCCACCACGGGAAAAAAGAUUCUGAAACAAGCGGAGCACGUUUCCGACGGGAAUGGAGCUUUGGACGUUGGGUUGAGCAGAUACAGCUAGACGAGUCUCCCGAAGCUUCUGAGCUGAAUUCGAAACCAGAUGACUAUGGUCACGCUAAACCAUUGGAAGUCAAGAGAGCGCCUACUUGUUGUACCUGCCAGCAAGGGCCACCUGGUCCUCCAGGUCCUCCUGGAAAGGAUGGUCGUGACGGUAUAGAUGGUCCACCGGGCCGAAAUGGUGAACCGGGAAGGAGUGGAGUGGUCUUGCCUGCACUCGAUGCACCUCCAGAACCAUGUAUCAUAUGCCCUGUGGGCCAACCAGGACCGCCCGGACCUGCUGGACCUAAAGGAUUGCCAGGACCAAAAGGAGCGCCUGGACACGCAGGAGCCCCUGGUGUGAGAGGAGAACCCGGCAUCAUCGGUCCUCGUGGGCCAACGGGGCGUCCCGGAAGACCAGGACCCAAAGGUCCCCAAGGUGAACCUGGGAAACUCAUUACGGUAGCAGGGCCAACUGGUCCGCCAGGUCUUCCAGGAAAAAUUGGAGCUGUUGGGCAGAAAGGAAAGAAGGGAGUCGCUGGGAAACCAGGAGCCAGAGGGCCUCCAGGACUACCAGGAGAGAAAGGUCUACCGGGACCACCUGGACAACCGGGUCCUCCUGGUCCACAAGGUUCUCCCGGACAAAAUGGCAACAAUGGAUCCUGCACGCAUUGUCCGUUGCCGCGUCUUCCACCAGGAUUUUAG